AUGAGAGCUUCUCAACGAUGCAGACAGUGCAUUCGACUGCAACCGGCCACGAGUCCCCAGGAGGGAUGCAACACCAGCUUAUCUACGCGCCAGUUUGGAAAUCUCAGCGUGGAGAUGCGAUACGUCUGGAGGGAAGGACAAAAUAAAUUGAAACGACGUAGCAACUGUGAACCUGUAACCGUAGCCGUAAUAUUAUGCGGAUGUGGUAAUCUUGACGGCACCGAAAUUUCAGAAGCUAUUUCAACAGCUAUACAUUUACAGCAUAAAAAAAUGAAGCCAUUAUUUUAUGCUCCGGACAUUGAAAUUUGUGGUGUAGUCAAUCAUUUUACCAAAGAGAUGAAUACUGAAAAUUCUAGAAAUGCUCUUGUUGAAAGUGCCAGAUUAGCAAGAGGGUGCAUAAAACCUCUACACGAGUGCGAAGCUUGUACACAUGAUGCCCUUAUUAUACCUGGAGGAUUCGGCGCUGCACGCAUUUUGAGCAAUUUUGCCGAAAAAGGUACUGAUUGUACUGUUCUACCCGACUUGGAGAAACUCAUCGAAGAUUUUCAUUGCGAUAAGAAACCGAUCGGUACUAUGUGCAUAGCUAAUGCACUUGUUGCUAAAGUGUUGAAGGGUGUGAAAAUUACACUUGGCAAGGAAUCACCUAAAAAUGAUUGGCCACAUGCUGAUGCUAUCAAGAAAGUUAAGGAUAUGGGUGCUAAAAUAGAAAUGAAAGAUGUUAAAGGAGUAACGUUUGACAAAAAUUUUGGAGUUCUCAGUACACCAGCCUGGUUAUAUGAACCAGCUACUUUUUCAGAUAUUUAUGAUGGUAUUGGUAAACUUAUCAUAAUGUUAAAAAGAUGCAUCAAUAAGUAAUUCAUAUGCAUAUGUUUCUAAAAAUCAC